UGUGCAGCGGUGUGGAUGUGAAGCUCUUUCUGCAGGAGACCUGAGCCAUGCCAAACGGAGACGGCUACAGGUCACACUCUCUGAAUGCUUCAGGGGGAUUCUGUCUGCAACAGCAAGAUGAUCGGUGCAUGAAGUGACACUCAUCUUUUACGAUCCUUUCGGAAUCAUUGCAUGUUGUGUCAAACCAGCUACAUCAUCAAACUGUGUGAGCAUAAGAGACUUAAGUUCCAACCUAAAAACAAGCUCAACAUGACUAUUACCAUUCAAAACAUCACAGCCACCUCUGCCAUCGUCAGCUGGCCGUCAUCCCCAGGCUGCGUGGACACAUUCUACAGCGUCAUGUAUCACCCUAACUGGAACAGCCUGCUGAUGGGUUACACACGCAAGAGCUUCCUGCAGGAGGAAAGAGUUCCUGUGAGCCAGACAUCCACCAGUCUGGGCCACCUCAGUCCACAGACCACUUACAUCCUCUGUGUCACCUGCCAGUCCGCCAAUCCCACCCGAGAGCAGUGCCAGGUCUUCAGUACUCUAAACGAGGGCACUGAACUUGGUGAGAGUGGCCGGGAUCUGGCAAUGGGAGUCUGGCUGGCCAGCAGCAUCCUGUUGCUGAUCAUUGCUUUGGCUCUGCUUUGGGGAUGUCUCCACACCAUGUGUCCAGCAAAAAGGGACCCAGAAAGAGGCAGCCAGUCAGGUCCAAACCCUCCACACCUGGCUCUGACCCCCAUGGUUGGGAACAUGGACAGCGAAGGAAGAAAAAGUCUGUACAUGCCCGGUUGUGGUGGGGUAGACUCUCAGAACGCAACGGUGAUUGAGAAUGUUUAUAGAGACGAGCACGGCAGAGAAAUGGCAAAGGGGCAGAGUUGUGAACUCCAAACACCCAGUAAUAAACAUAGAUUUGCCCCCGGGUCAGAAUAACGGACACACCAGAUUGUUACCUUGAUGCACUGACCCCGAAAACUCAAACUAUUAGAGCUUACACAACAAGGACAUUCACAGGGUUGAAACCAUUUUGAAGAAAUUAGACUUGGACUUUUGAGCUGGGCUUAUGGGGAUAAAUUAGCAUUAAAAUGUCAGAUGAAAACAUUACUAACUUAUUAAAAAAGGAAACUGAAGGAGGGCUUAUAAUACAUUCUACAAACUGACGUGUUAUGUAUUUUUUUUUUUGUAUUUGUUAGCAUGAAUUAAUGAAUUUGGUAUCAAAAUUAAUCUAGGUUUACAUUAUUUAAAACAUUUUUAUUCAUUUAUAAAAAAUACCCACCCCCACACACUAUUUUUUAUAGUUUAAAAUAAUAAUCAUAAUUAUUACAAUAAUAAUAAUCCUUAUUUGAAAAUGAUAAUUUUUACACUAUUAAAUAGUACCAAAUGUUCCUGUACACACAAGAUUAAGGACGCAUUCAAAUCAGAAGCAUAGAUUUUAUAUAUUUAUAUUUCUACAUA